AAAAUCUCCUCUCUUUGGUAAAUGGUAAUUGAACUUCUCAAUCUCAAGUUUCUCUGGCAAGAUGAAGACCUUUCAGUUAGCAAAUGAGUCUUCUUCUCUACUUUCCUUAUCUCCUAAAUUUAUCCUCCCAGAAGAUGAAAGACCACAACUUUCAGAGGUUACUUCUCUGGACUCAAUUCCCAUAAUUGAUUUGAGUGAUCACAGUUAUGAUGGUAAUAAUCAUUCAUCCUCAUUGGUGGUUCAGAAGAUUUCACAAGCUUGUGAGGAAUAUGGAUUCUUUCAGAUAGUGAACCAUGGUAUUCCUGAACAAGUUUGCAACAAAAUGAUGACAGCAAUUACUGACCUCUUUAAUCUGCCUCCAGAGCAAACAGGACAGCUCUACACAACAGAUCAUACCAAGAACACAAAACUUUACAACUAUUACCUUAAUGUGGAGGGUGGAGAGAAGGUGAAAAUGUGGAGUGAAUGUUUCAGUCAUUAUUGGUACCCUAUUGAGGAUAUCAUUCAUCUUCUGCCACAAGAAAUAGGGACUCAAUAUGGGGAGGCUUUCAGUGAAUAUGCAAGGGAGAUUGGUUCAUUGGUGAGAAGGCUUCUAGGUUUGUUAUCAAUAGGGCUUGGAAUAGAAGAGGAUUUCUUACUGAAAAUAUUUGGGGAUCAGCCUAGACUAAGAGCACAAGCAAAUUUCUAUCCACCAUGUCCAGAUCCAGAGUUGACCUUAGGUCUUCCUGUGCAUACUGAUUUCAAUGCUCUCACAAUUGUUUUGCAGUCACAAGUUUCUGGUCUCCAAGUGAUCAAAGAUGGGAAAUGGAUUGCAGUACCUGUUAUUCCCAAUGCAUUUGUUAUCAACCUGGGAGAUCAAAUUCAGGUUCUUAGCAACGGAAGAUUCAAAAGUGUACAUCACAGGGCUGUUACCAACAAAUUGAGUCCACGGGUGUCGAUGGCAAUGUUUUAUGGCCCAAACGUGGACACUACAAUUGGCCCAAUCCAGGACUUGAUAGAUGAAGAACACCCUCCCAGAUACCGAAAUUAUCGCUUCUCUGAGUUUCUUGAAGAAUUCUUCAAACAAGAAGGCACGAGGAGGAUGGUUAAAGAAGUCUUUGAGUUGCCAUGUUAGAGAUUAAAUAAUUCUCUACACCCAUUUAUGGUAAAAAAAAAAGAAAAAAGAGGAAGGGUCUUAUUGUAAUAAUGCAAGAAAAAGUGAGUUGUGAAAAUACCAGCUCUUGUGCCUACAAGGCUACAUCAAUAAUAUUUUUUUAUGAGGGUUACAUCGAUAAUAUAAAUUGGGUUAUGAGAGGGAUCGAUGAAAUAAUGGACAUAACUAAAUAAGAGUUACUGUUGUUGUGAACCGGUUGUUGUCAAAUAAAUUUGAGUUCCUUUAGUGAUAUAUUCACAAUUUCACAUU